ACUGCAAAUGGAUACAUCUUAUUUUUUGAAAUCCCGUCAGCAAGAGACAAGUAUCUUUAUGAGCCAGUGUAUCCCAAAGGAAGCCCACAUCUGAAGGGAACCCCACAUUAUAAGGAAGAACAAUGUGCUCCUUCAUUAAAUCUAGAAAUGAAGAAAGUGCUGGACUUGCAAGCCUCUAUCACAAGUUUGCAGUCCAUGUUAGAGGAUCUACUUGUUGCUACUGCUGAUGGAUUUCUCCAUCUCGUGCACUGGGAUGGUAUGACUAAUGGAAGGAAGGCCAUCAACCUGUGUACAGUUCCAUUUUCUGUGGACCUGCAGUCUUCUCGAGCAGGUUCAUUUUUGGGCUUUGAAGAUGUUUACAUCAGGGAUAUGGAGUACUGUGCCACGCUUGAUGGUUUUGCUGUUGUUUUUAAUGAUGGCAGAGUUGGUUUCAUUGCACCAAUGUCAAGUAGAUUCACUGCUGAGCAGCUCCAUGGUGUUUGGGCACAAGAUGUGAUUGAUGGAACUUGUGUGGCAGUAAAUAACAAAUACAGGCUAAUGGCAUUUGGGUGUGCCAACGGCUCUGUGCAGGUUUAUACGAUAGAUACCACCACUGGCGCCAUGCAGUUUUCUCAUAAAUUGGAGCUGACACCAAAACAAUAUCCUGAUGUUUGGAAUAAAACAGGACCUGUUAAACUAAUCAGAUGGUCACCUGAUAGCUGUGUUGUGAUGGUGACCUGGGAAUGUGGAGGCUUGUCCUUAUGGAGUGUUUUUGGUGCUCAGCUUAUCUGUACUUUGGGAGGUGAUUUUGCGUAUGGGUCUGAUGGUGCCAAAAAGGACCCUCUAAAGAUCAGUUCUAUGACCUGGGGAUCAGAAGGGUAUCAUCUGUGGGUUAUUGAUGGGAGUUCUUCAAACAUGAAGCCUGAAAGAGAUGCAAAUAAUGAAGCUCGCCAAUUUGGUAUUCUGCAGUUUCAUUUCAUCAAGAGUGCACUCACUGUUAAUCCUUGUAUGAGUAACCAGGAACAAGUCCUCCUUCAAGGUGAAGAUCGCUUGUAUUUGAACUGUGGAGAUGCAACACAGACUCAGAGUCCCAGAAAUACUUCAGCACACUCUGAACAUAAGCCUACCAGGGAAAGUGGUCCAUUUUCAGAUGGCAGUUUAGAUUCUCAGGGUUUAAGCACUUUACUAGGACAUAGACAUUGGCAUGUUGUACAGAUUCAUAGUACAUAUCUAGAGAGCAACUGGCCUAUAAGGUUUUCAGCUAUUGACAAGCUUGGACAGAAUGUAGCUGUUGUUGGCAAGUUUGGUUUUGCACAUUAUUCUCUACUCACCAAAAAAUGGAAGCUGUUUGGAAACAUUACCCAGGAGCAAAAUAUGAUGGUAACAGGUGGCUUAGCAUGGUGGAAUGACUUCAUUGUUCUUGCAUGUUAUAAUUUAAAUGAUCAUCAGGAGGAG